CGGGAAAGGGGGCGGGCGGAGCGGCACUUCUAAAUUCGAGCCGUCUUUUCCCGCCCAGCCAUGGCGGAGGUCCUUGAAUUCCGCGUCCCGACCGGGAAUGGCCGCACUCUCCUCGUCCUGGGGCUGGAAUCCGACGCCUCGGAGCAUGCUCUAUAUUUAACAUUCUCUACAUUUGGACUUGUCUAUUCUGUGAGGGUUCACAGAAAUGCCUCAGUUGCUGGGCCCGGCUAUCAUGCUUUUGUCAAGUUCUACUCAGCUAGAGAUGCCAGAAGAGCACAAAGCACAUGUAACCAGCAGCCUCUGUUUCAGAAAUCCCCCUUGAAGGUUUCCAUGUGUACCAGACAACGGGCCUUUCCAGACCAAGUUUUGGCUCUGAAUAGUAACAAAUGCAAAGAUUUAGCCAAUUACUACCUUGGUUUCAAUGGCUGGUCCAGUCGCAUCAUCACUCUCCAGAAUAUAUCUGGUUUUGAAGAGGGUGAAAAUGAAGAGGAAGAAACGAGAACCUCACACAGCAGCCAAUAUUCAAAGUACCUGUGUAUCCAAGAAUUAACCAUCUCCCAACAUGGGGUCUGCACCAGAGGUGUUGGUGUGGCGGAGCUUCAGGUGGAUCCCAGCCAAGAGUUUGUUACAGCGAUUCACAACAUCCAGAAGCUUGCAGUGCAUCGAGCCCUCUCAGAUGCAUUUCAGAAGAUUCUCUUCAUAGUUUUAGAAAAUGGGAAGGUAGCAGUGGAGUACAGCUCUCCUCAGGAGGACCUCAUUGACUGUUUAACAGACGAGGACCUCAAAGGUCUUGUCCAGGUGACUGACCUGUCCCUCUCAGCCCAAAACCCCAUAGGAGAAGAGGAGAUUCUGUCAGAUCUGAGCAUGGAUGGAGAAUAGGACCGUUGGAGGCUUAUUUGACACAUGUCGUGGUUUUCCUCUCUGUGAUCUGGAAGGACAACUUUCCUCACCUAAAGCACAUUAUAUUAGAAAAUGUUUCGAUUUGGAUUCAUUUUUUAGGAAGCAGCAUCUAUCAGAUGGUGUAUAGUUCUUGGGUAAACAAUAAUUACCUAAUUAUGUUUACAAAGGAUUUGGGGGGAGGCAGAGG